AUGACGGCAACGGAGUCGUCCUUCCAUAUCUCCAACACCGAACCCCGAGUCCCACCAUACCCACAACCCAAGCCCCACCGUAGUUCCGCUCUAAGGUGGAUCCUCAUCCUCCUUCCCAUCCUCAUCCUCUUCUUCAUCAUCAUCCUCAUUCUCUCACUCACCGUCUUCAAACCCAAAAACCCAACAAACCAAAUCCUCUCAGCCGCCGUCGGCGGCGUCUCACCCCGAGUCGAACUUCCCCAACUUAAGCUCCAGCUCAAUAUCACCUUAAACCUCCAGAUCCUCGUCCACAACCCCAACCAUGCAAGCUUCAAACACGGUCUUGGCGCCGCCAUCGUUUACUACCACGGCUCUCAGGUUGCGGUGGCGGAUCUUUCUCCGGGAACCGUCCCUGCAACUGGAUCCGAAACUCUUGCUGCCAAUUUGACUCUUGAGGCGGACCAGUUCGUUCCUGAAAUUAAUGGGUUCAUUAGCGAUGUGAUGGCAGGAGAAUUUGAGAUUGAGACUAAAUCAACUGUUCCCGGACGGAUUAAGUUUCUGGGGAUCUUUCAGAAACACGCUGUUAGUCUUUCAGAUUGCCGGAUUGUGAUUGGUAUCUCUGAUCUUAAGGUUCGGAGUCAGGAGUGCAAUAACAAGAUCAAAUUUUAA